UCGGAGUGCCGCUCCCGCAUAUGGGGCGGCCUGCUCCCCCACCACCACGGGGGGCUAAGAAGCCCCCACCCCCACCCGAGCAGCCGCAGGACCCCUACGAGUUUAGGACUGGAGAGCCUCGCCUGCUGCAAGCGCCCGGCGGGACAGCGCCCCCUGCCGGCCGCGUGGUCCCGAUCGCCAUGGUAACGCCUCUGUCUGGCAGCAGGGCAACUAGCAUGCAGAGCCGGGAGGAGCAGACCACCACGCUGGCGCCUACGUCCACCCAGGGCUCAGAGGGCGUUCUGGAGCCUGUCGGAAUCCUCCAGGAACAGUAUCAAAGCCUGUGUCUGAAAAAGUCCAAGAGAGUUAAUUCUUAUAUACUCCACAUACUUCAAGAAGCAGAUGAAAAAAUCCAGAAUGGAGAGGACAGAGUCACCCUGAACAUCCCUGGGAACAACCGCCUGAUCCCGGUGGAGAAAGUGACGGGGGAAGACUUCUGGCUUCUCUGCAGAGUUCUGAGGAAGAACCUCAACUUUCAGGGUCUGGACAUGCGCUACAACAGCAUCAGUGACGUGGGCGCCUACUAUGCUUCCAAACUCCUGCAGAAAAAACUCAAUCUCACUUACUUAAAUCUCAUGUUUAAUGAGAUUGGCCGAGAAGGUGGAGAACUGAUUGCCAAGGCGUUAUACAAGAAUAAGACUCUAAAGUAUCUCAGAAUGACUGGAAACAAGAUUGAAAAUGAAGGAGGGAUGUUUUUUGCUGCAAUGCUACAAAUCAACUCCUCCUUAGAGAAGUUGGAUCUGGGUGACUGUGAUCUGGGAAUGCAGAGUGUGAUAGCAUUUGCUACCGUCCUCACUCAGAAUCAAACAGUUAUGGGGAUCAACAUAAACCGACCCGUUCUCUAUGGCGAACAGGAAGAGUCCACAGUUCACCUCAGCAACAUGCUGAAGGAAAACUACCACCUUGCUGAACUCCACGUGUGUAAGCAUGGGAUUACAAACUAUGGCAUGAAAUACUUGUGUGAUGCCUUGUUCCUGAACAGUAGCCUUCGCUAUCUUGACGUCAGCUGCAAUAGAAUAACUCAAGAUGCAAUGGUGUUCUUGGCUGAUGUGCUAAAGACCAAUACUACCCUGGAAGUCAUAGAUCUUUCUUUUAACAGAAUAGAAAAUGCAGGAGCAAACUAUCUCAGUAAAACUCUUGCCUCCCAUAACAGGAGUCUCAAGGCGUUAUCAGUUGUCAGCAACAAUAUCAGGGGAAAAGGACUAGUGGACCUUUCCCAAGCAAUGCAGGAAAACCUCGUCCUCUCUAACAUCUAUAUUUGGGGAAACAAAUUUGAUGAAGCUACCUGUGUGGCAUAUUCAGACUUAAUUCAAACGGGACGACUACAGCCUGACAACACAGAUGUGAAGCCAUUUGUGGUGGAUGGACGCCUGUACCUUGCAGAAAUCUCGAACGGCCUGAAGAAGCACUACUACUGGACACCAACUUAUGGAGAAAUUUCCAAUGACUUAGCUAAUGCAGGGUUUGCCCUUGUUCCGGUUGGUCAGCAGCCAUGACAAAAAAAAAAAAAAGCCCUCUAGUCAUAUGCUUUGUCUUACUGCUCCCACAGAGACUAAUACAUUAAAUUUUUCUUUCAUAAAUUAGGACAAGUCAAAAAAAUAAUAAAAAUAAAUUAGGACAAGUUC